CUGAAUUAUUAUUAUUAUUUCAGAUUAAAACUGAUAGUUGAUAAUUUCUGUUAUUGUUUAAUGUGUGCUCUAAAAAUUGUUUCUUUUUAUAAAUAAUUACAAUAAUGGGACGGUGUUGUGUAGUAAAUGGUUGUUUAAGUGGUCGUAAAGUGCAAAAAGACAAAAAUAUUUUACAUUUACGAAAACAUUGCUUAUUCAAAGUGCCAAGGGUAACCUCAAAAAAAAAAAUUAAGCCAAUUAAUUUUCAAUUAUUUUGUUAAUUAUUUUUUCUGAAAAAAAGAAGCCAGACUUACUGGAAAAAUGAAGCACAGCCAUUGGCUAAGAGUUGAAAUCAACAAACUGUGUUUGUGAUUUACAUUUUAAAAGAACAGAUAUUAUUAAGUCAGACAGCACAACGUUACCGGAUGGAAAUGUUUUUGUAUCUGACAGAUGCAGAGCUACAAUAAAGCCAGGUGCAAUACCUCACUUAAAUGUAAAUCAAUGUUAUGAUACUGGCUGCGAUAAUGAUAAUUUAUCUGUUAUCAAUUCUAUGAACAUUGUUGAUGACGAAGUCAGCGUUGACGUCCUUCAAGAAAAUAAUUCUUUAUUAAUACAGUCUGUUGUCAAUAAUUUAGAAAAUGUAAACGCUAAAAAUCAUGCUGAUCUUUCUGGAAAUUGUGAUGUAGAACCUAAAAAUAAAAAUGAUCAGCAGUUAUCUGUGCAUGAUAUUUAUAAUGCAUUAAAAGUGAAACCUUUACCAAGGAAUUGGAGUUGGACGUUUGAUCAUGAUCAAACUAUAAUACUAUCGUAUUUAGAUUCAACUUGUUUCAAACUUAAAUAUCAUCUAAAAAUAAAAAACGAUUUAACAGUUACAAUUGUAAAUGCAUGUACAGACGUAUGUAUCGAUUUAUCUGAAGACAUUCGACAAGUCGAUACUGUUUGGGGCCUUUUAAAUAAAACUGCAACUUAUUAUUUUUGCAGUGGCACUGGAUAUAAUGAAAACAAAGUUUCAUCUGGUUGUAAAGGUCUUCUGUCAUCUGAUGAAUAUAAGAAGAAAAUGCCACUAUACCGAUGCAUCGCUUGUCGACAAGCAAGACAAAAUAUACAAAAUUGGAAUAAUAAACAAAGAUCUUUGUUGCUCGAUAAAAUUAGUUUGAGUGAAGAAAUUGCAUUAAAUCGCAAAACACUGAAAUUAGAUGGCUUUGUGCAUUUAGGAGAUUAUACUCCAGAUCAUCUUAAAAGCACCCCAGCUGACCAUGCACUAGUAUUUAUGUUCCAACCUUUUCAAGGUGACUGGGUCCAAGUCGUCGGCAAUUUUUUAGCAAAAAUGCUGUGACUGGUGAUAUUCUGCACAAAUUGAUUAUUGAGUGUGUGAUAUUGCUCGAAAAAGCUGGUUAUUAUAUUGAUGCAAUUAUUUGUGACGGAGCCCAAUGGAAUCGUGUUGCGUAGAAAUUAUUCGGAAUAUCUGAUGGUCAAUGUAGUUGUGAGCAUUCAUAUGAUUUUGGACGUCGGCUUUGGUUUAUUUCCGAUUUUCCACAUUUACUGAAGUGUCUUCGAAAUAAAAUUUUGGAAAAAUUACAAUUUUGGGUUGGAUAGCAAAAUGAUCGCUUGCAGCCAUCGAUUUUUAAUCGAUAAAUACAAUAGAAAACAAUUGCUAGCAGCUAGCGAUUUUUUUUUUCAGUGGUUUAAUAAUUGAACUUUAACAAAAUUUAAUGUUAUAUUCAACAUUAAUUUACCUAAAUUUAUGUGAAAGAUAUUUCUCGUAAAAAAAAUAUGAAAACCGCCUGACAAUUUUCUUAGCAGGAAGUUAAAAAUUUCUUUCUUUUGUAUAAAGUGUGAUUUAUCAAAAUAAAUUAAUUCAAAUAAAAAAAACUAAAUUUCAUAAUUUGAUAAAUGCUGGAAUAACAAUUAACUAAUAAUUAAAACGGCAAUCGUUGAGUUUAUAAUUUAUUUACGUACAUGGCAGUCAAAAGCAACAGAAGAAAAUGAAAAACAGAAAUUAAAAGUCAAAAUUGAAAAACAAAAGAAAAGAAAAAGUCAAAUGACAAAUGAUUUCGAUGAUAUGAAUUCCGAUGAUUUUUUUUUUUUGUAAUUACCGCCAGUACUUUGUCAGGACUCUUAAUCUCAUUACAGUCGACUUUAGAACUAUUAGAUUUUCUACAUGACAAGUGUGGUUACAGUUAUUUAAUAACAGCUCGUGUGACGCAAGAUAUGUUAGAGGCAUAUAUAAAAAUUAUAAUACUAAUUUUCUUUUAAAUAAAUGUAUCGAGUUUUUAAUAUUGACAUUUAUUUUAUAGAAGUUUUUUUGGAUAAUCCGUAGUGCGUGUGGCAGUAAUGACCAUCCAGACCCCAUUCCAUUCAGACAAGUAUUGCGCUUACUUUGUUCUUAUUCGUUGGCAACUCCACCUAAAGGUUCUAAUGUUACUGCUGGUGAACUACUUGAGUCAUUAAUCCAAACCAAAGAAUCUUUAGCUGCUGAUGUUGCUUCUAAAAAAGAUUGGUUGCAAAAAAUUGACGAAAUAAUUGAAAACGGUUGUUCUGACGAGAUAUGCGCUGCUGGAAAUGAAGCUGGAAGCUUAAGAGACAUUGAUAGCAUCACUGGUAAUGAUUGCUCUAUGAAUUAUGACUACUUAUUCACUGAUGAUGACGAUGAUGAUGAUAAUAAUAACGAUGAAGAAACAGAAAAAGAUGCCAAAAAAAAGGAAAUUGAACAUGACCAUUUAUCAGAUCCUCGAUUGCAACACGAUUAUGACGUAGCUUAUAGCAGCGAGUAUGUACUUUCUUAUAUUGCUGGAUAUAUAGCUAGAAAAAUGAACAGAUUUUCCAAAUGUUUUGAUUGUGUUCAAUGUAUGCAAUCGAAUAACCCAUGUGAGCGUGAUAAAUAUAUCAAAAUUAUGAGUGAUGGCUACUUGAUUUAUCCUAGUGAGAAUCUAUUUGCUGUGAUAGAACAUUUAGAGCGAAUAGUAUUAACCACUGUUGGUACUAAGACCAUUACUAUUAAUAUUAUGUAUCAAAUUGCUAAUGAUCUUUCAAAAUUAAAAAUUCCUGCUUUAGUAGGAUGUGAUGAACAUACAAAAAAUUUACUAGGACCAUUAUUAAUAAUUUUUUGAUUAUGCGUGGACACUUUUUGGCUAAAUCCUUUAAUAACAGAAAUUGUGAUAAAAAAAUGAAACCCAAAAAAAAUAGAAAAAAUGCCAAAUUACUCUAGCUCAAUAAAUUUUUACUUUUCUUAUUAAUUUUAUUCAUAAAUUUGUAAUUGUUCUAAAAUGUUAAAAUAAAAAUUUCGGUCCUUAUAUGUGACUUCACUCUGUGUGAAUAAUUUAAGUUUCGUUGUAAAUUAAAUAAUACAAACAGUAAUGAUUUUUUUCUUUUUCGUUACUAAUUUCUCUUUAGUAAAAUUUAAAACCGAUGUACUUUAAAUGAACUAAAAGUAAUUAGCUUUGAUUUAUCAUUAUUUUCAAGUACAUUUAGCUUAUUCUUAUGAAAUAUGAGAGAUUAUAAUUUUACUGUAAUGAGUAAUUUUUUACUGAUACUUUAAAUAAAUGUUUUAUGUGAUCAAUUACUUAUUAAUUACCGAUUGUUUAAUUUAUUUAUUUUGAAUUUCGUAAGUGAUAGAGCUUAGGUUUUGAUGUAAUACUUAGGUGGGAGCUUAAUGCCAUACUCUAUAAUCUAACAAUCUAUUUUUUUAUUUCUUAAAUAAUUUUCAUUUGUUGAAGAGAAAUUCAAGUACAAAAUUUACGUUUACUGUGCACAUGCAACAAAAAUAGUACUGUUUGAUAUUUCAGUGCUAAAGGAAAAAGGUACAACUGCUCUGAUACAUUAUUAUUUGUUAUCAAAUAGUGUUUUAUAAUUAUUUGAAAUAAUUUAUAAUUAUUUCAAUUAUAUAAUUAUAUCUAAUUCAUCGAUGACAUUUUCCAUUUAUUGGAAAUUUUAUUUCUCUAACAAUUAAUCUAAUCGAUCUGUGAUCUGGCGCCAACGUUUGAAUUCAGUACACAGCUGAUAGAAGCGCUGCCUAGUACUGAAAAAUAGUUACAUCAAUUUAUGGACACUCAUUUAACAUUACGUUCAGUCUCCUGUUAUCUAUUCUUCAUGUUAUGGACACUCAUUUAACAUUACGUUCGGUCUCCUGUUAUCUAUUCUUCAUGUGAAAAACAUUUAAUAUGCCAAUCUCCCACCAACUUUUCUACCAUUCAUUUAAUCUCUGCGACAUAUUCUAUCGACAGUCGCAUUAACACUAUUGUAAGUGUGUCACGUAAACAACUUCUAGUUUAAAAUCAGUUCAAAUUUUUUACAUAAUAUUGUGAAACAUCCGCGUGUUUUUCGGUUUAUUACUAACCUAGCAUAAAAUAUUAACAGUGAAAAUGGUUAAUUAUUUUAUUUACGCAAAAGAUUUUUCAAUUUCAACGAGAGACGAAAAAUAUUAUCAUGAAAAUGGAUUAAAAACUCUUGAAGAAUUCAAAAGUGAUGUUGAAAAAAUAAAAACAAAUUUAUUAAUCGAGGACAAAUCAGCAGCAACCAAUUCAAGAUCAGUUUAUUUACAUUGGGGACACGAGUGUGUUGAAGUUCCUGAGAAUACAAUAUUCUAUGAAUAUAAAAGAUUAUAUGCAACUGGUGAAGAUACAUUACCGGAAACAAUUCUUGAAUGGAUUAUAAAAAAUAUCGAUAUUAAUGAUAAAAAUAAUAAAAUAAAAUUAAUGUACAUAAUAACAGAUGGUAUUAUGAGAGUAACUCGUGUGAAUAAAUGCUUGACAUUGACUGAAAAUUUACAUUUUGAAAAUCUUGUUUUUCAUGCUUUCAAUCAACGCUUGGAUCGUAUAGAUCUUUCAGUUGCGUCAUCAUUUUUGAAAGGACAGUGCAGUAUUUAUCGUAACUAUGAACUAAUUGAUGAUAUAAAUAUUGGUGAAGAAUUUGAUUAUGAAACGAUAACGAUUGAUAAUUUCACUGAUGAAAAAGAGAAACUAAAGUCUUAUAUUAAAUUAAAAUAUAUAAAUUCGCGUAAAAAUAAUGAAACUGCUUUAUCUGAAAUCAAUAAAUUGAAACGAUUACGAGAUCGAUUAUUUGAUAAUUUAUCAUCAAAAUCACACGAAUCUAAAGUCAAUUUAAAUCCCCAAGAUAAAAAUAAAUUUUUAAGUGAAUUUGUCAAUACAAAUUGGUAUAAAAAUCUUAACAAUCCAUCGUAUGACUUGAAAAUAGAUAUCGAAAAAUCAGUUUCUACGAUGAUAAAUUAUAUUGUCAGCGAUAAAAAAUCUUACGCAUUUGAUGCAUUGAAAUUCGAUAAAAAAUUUAAUGUUGGCGUUACCGAAGAGCCAAUUGUUGAUGUCAAUUUUUCAUUAGAACAAGAAAUUGAAUUUCCUGAUAUUAUUUUAGAUGAAGAUAAAGGUAUUCCGGUAAUAUUAUUAACGGAAUUGAAUUUAUUAGAUAAAAUUAUUUUUCAUUCAACUGAAAAAUCAUCUGAAAAGUUACUGGCAAGUUUCAACAAAUUCAAAUCAACAAUGGAAUGCCCAUUAUUCUUAAUAAAUGAUGUGGAUAUUAAGGAAUCGAUUGGCUAUUUUUAUACUUUAAAUGUUUACAAACAAUUAUUAGAAAAAACUUCAAGAACAGAACCACGUACACGCAAGCCAUUUAAUGGUGGUAUAGUUUUGAUCGAUACCCCAGAUUUUGAUAAAUAUAAUGAUUAUAUAUUAUCCGCAACGUACUUUAAUUAUAAAAAAAUAAACUACAAUAUUGGUUUAUUUUAUUAUGUUUUGUAUAAAAUUUGUGAAAGUAAACAAUGGAUGGAUAAAAAUGUUAUUGAUCAACUUAAAAAAUAUGUUAUAAGACGCAUUAAGAUGACAACAUGUAAAAUAGGAUUAUCAUCGUUACCACUUGACCCUCAGGAAAUCACAUCAUUACCGACUGCACUAUGGUACUGCGUUGAAUUGUCUUCAUAUCUAUUUAAAGAUGAUCCCAAUAAUUUUAUGCACGAAAGAUUGAGAAUGUAUCAUGGAGUUGCGCAUCAUAUGAUUGAAAUAUUGAAACAUUUAAAUUAUAAUUUAGAUACUGAAUUUAUUAAUAAACGUAGUGAUUUAAUUAGACAUGUUAUGAUUUUAAAAAGAAUUCCGACGACUAACGAUAAGAUUUAUUAUUUGUUAGAAAAAAUAUUUAAGAAAAAAAAUGGAUUUUUAGUUUGUGAAAUCGCUAAUCCUUCUAAUUUACAUAAACUCAAUUUCUUAAAAUUAUAUCAUAAAGGAAUGUUAAAUGACGAUAUAAUUGAAGAAAAAAUUCAUUUAAAUGAUUAUGUUAAUUUACUUUAUUAUGACGACAAUUCGAAAAAUAUGAUGGAUAAUUUGGAUAUUAAAAUUUGUGAAAAAACUUUUCGACCUUAUUUUGUAAUUGCCAAAAAUAAAUCAUUUUAUACGGAACUAUUAAAUGUCAGUAGGAAAGUAGUAAUUAAUAAUGAUGAUGAUGAAGAAAAAAUAAAUAUUAGUUAUAGUGACGUAGAUUCAUUGAAAUUUUCUAAAAUAUUGUCUCUUUAUAAUUUAUUUAUACGGUGUGUUGAUGAUUUUGGUAAAUUUCCUACUUUAGACGAAUACACAGACUAUAUUCUGCGAAAAAAAAAAUUUAGUAAAGAAUUGGUAACUAUAUUUCCAGUUUAUGUCUAUAAAGGAAUUGAAAAAGUUUUUUUGUCUUAUGAGAAUGUUACUAAAAAUGUUGAUGUUUGUGAAUUUAUUCGGGUGUCUCGUAAAAAUGUUGAACGGAUUCAUCGCAUCAAAGAAGAGGGAAUCAUUCAAUUUGAUUCUGAUAACGAAAUAAGUAAAUUUAUUCAUGAAGAAGAGAGUAAAGUUUUCUUUACGGGUCGACCACACUAAAACAUAAAUAACAAACCAUUGUGCACACGUCAAAAAUGUAAUACAUGAAAAAUGAUGUUAAAAAAAAGUGGCGGGGCAUUUAAAAAAUUCUAAAUAAUAAAAAGUUAAAGAUUCAAAGUACAAAAAUAAAAUUUAUAACUUAUAAGAUAAGUAAAAAUUAAUAAUAAAAAAAAAAAUAAAUGCAAUGAGUAAAAAUUGAAAUGAUAGUUAUUAUGAACAAUUGAGGUGUGCAUUUUUGGGCUUUUCUUUUUUGAUUAAAAAUCAUGACUAUAAUUAAUAUGUUUUUUUCUAAACCGAGUAAAAAAAUAAAUUUACAAUACAGUUAAUAAAUAACAAAAAGAAGAUAAAUAAAAGUAAGUUCUAGUACCCGAUCACUCAUGUAUUUGUAUAUCUAUAUUUUUAUAUUUUCCUAAAUAUAGGUAUACAAAUUCAUGAUCGAGUACUAGUUCUCUGAUCGGGUACUACGUCUUUUACCUUGCACUGAAAAAUUCCCGAAAAAAAUAAUAAAAAAUACAAUUUUUUAGAAAAAAUUCUGAUGCAUUUAAACUUAUACAAAAAUAAGGAUAAAAUUCGUACAUCUCGAAAAACACCAAUUUGAAAAAAUAAUUUUAUUAUUAAAUUUUUGAAGUGGUCCGUUUCGCUCGCCCUUUCUCUAUAUCUUUCUUUUUUUUUUAUUUUAUGAAAAUUUUUUUUCGUAUGAAACCUCGCAGAUUUUUGUAUUGUGUUAUUUUAUGUUUUUAAGAAAUUAAUUUUAUUUUAUGUACUUUAUUUCGUAUAAGUAUGUUCGAAAUAUAUAACAUUUCAAAUUAUGUAUAACCAACACCGAUGAAUGAAAUUCGUUACAUUUAUGUACAUGUUUUGAAAAUAUGAUAUGUUAUAAAUUAUUCAC